AUGUUAAAUGAACCAGGAGGAGAUCUAUCAAGAGAAGAUCAACUUUCACUAUUGCGUAAAGAAUUGCGAAAGAAUAUAUUUGAGGCUUAUGCCACUAAUAGAGAUAAAUAUAAUUUACGGACAAGACCAAUAUCCUUUAGUGUGGGUCAAGAAGUUUUUAGAAGGAACUUCGCCCAAAGUUCUAUGGGAAAGAAUUUUAAUGCCAAACUGGCCCCAUUAUUUCUAAAGGCAAAGGUUUCAGCGAAAGUUGGUAACAAUUAUUAUGUUUUGCAGGAUUUAGAAGGUAAAAAGUUAGGAACAUUUCACGCUAAGGACAUUAGGCCAUAA